AUGGAUUUUGAAAACGACGACCUUUUGGAUCAGUUCUUGCAGCAGAACCAUAAUGCACACGUUGGAAGUUCAUUUGGCAUGCGUCUGUCGAGUUCCAACACUCCGGUUCCUAUGAAUAUUCCGGGGUCACAUGGUGAACUAAGUUUGGAGCCCGGGCUUGGUACAUCUGCAUCCACGAACCAUACGGCUCAUACAUCCAAAUAUGUCAUUAAUGAGCUACCGGAUUCGCAGUCCAGUUUUACGAAUGCCAAUGUCCAUAAUAACAUACAUUUGCCGCAGUCAAGACAACAAAGUAUAACUGGCCAACAAAUUGAGACUGGAACUGUUGCUACAUCAUUUAUGGACGAAUACCUAUCACCAGCAAGUAGAGGAGAGUCAGACCGGAACCAAAAGCAAGAUUUUGAUCAUAUUAAUUUGGACGAGACCACCAAGAACCUUUUCGAUGAGCCAAUGUUUCGCGAACAUUUGCAAGGCUCCCAAGCCACAGAUGACUUGGUUAGCAACUUUACAGAUGAUUUCGUAUCAUCUCUGGGGUCCAGUAUCCAUAGUGACCUGAUGACACCAGUUUCAUCGUACCAGCCACAACCAAUGAAUUCGUUUGAUUCCCACUCUUACAACCAACUGUCUUCAAGUUUAAGGUCUCCUUCUGCCAGUUAUCGUGGUGCUUCGCAACUCUCAUCGUCAUUGAGAAGUAACAGGGGUUCGCAACAGUUUCCAACAAGUAGCAGUUUGACUUCCACGCCUAAAGACAUGAACUCAUCGGCUUUGACUCAAGAUGAGAAAAUACGUAGGAGAAGAGAAUUUCAUAAUGCCGUCGAAAGGCGUAGAAGAGAGCUGAUCAAAGCUAAAAUAAAGGAGUUGGGGACAUUGGUUCCACCAACAUUGUUACAUUUCGAUGAUUUUGGAAAGAAGGUAAAACCAAAUAAAGGAACUAUAUUGAAAAGAACAAUUGAAUAUAUGGAUUGCUUAAAGCAAGUUUUAGAGAUUCAAGAUGCAAAAAAGGAAGAACUAAGGAAGAAGAUCGCUGAACUCGAAAGAAAAAAGUCGGAUCUCACAAAUUCUUCUCUGUUGCAAUCAGGAGCAUACCCGAAAACUUCUCAAAAUUACCAACAUAUUUCCAAAUCUGAAUCCCCCAUUACUCAUCAUAUCUCCUCAGAACAAUACCAACAGCAGCGACACCAACAACAACAACAACAACAACAACAACAACAACAACAACAACAACAACAACAACAACAACAACAAGCUCACAUCAACAAUGAAUAUAUUAACGAUGAUGAGCAAUAUCCAGAAAGGAUUAUUGACAGUAGAACAUAUCCGAUGCUUGUCAAGGAGACAAACGCGGGAGCAAACGCGAUACAUGAUGAUCUUCAACAAUUUUUGUCUGGUACAUUAAUGGAGAACGAAGACAACAGCAAAUUAAUGUUCAGCGGACGUGCCGAAAAUCCUGUUGAUUUAUUACUUGAUUUCGAAGAGUAG